GAAGAGGGAGUGCUUGAUGAUGCAUAUAUAAAGUACUGCAGGUGCAAUAGCAGUCGCCCAGCUUGCUCGCCAAUCUUCAACAUGCGCGUUUUCAAGAACCUGUCCGCGCUCGCGGUUUUAGUGUGUGUCUGCGAUGCGCGACCCACUAGCAGCGUUGUGUUUGAGAAGGUUGAGAGCAGCCCAGCUGGGUGGGUUUUGGACAAGACGACCAAGGUUGACAAAGAUGCAACGUCCAUUACUCUUAAGAUCCACCUGGUGAACCAGGGUAUGGACAAGUUCCACAAGCUAGCUAUGGAUAUUGCGACGCCCGGCAAUGCGCAAUACGGCAACCAUCUAGACCAUGAGCAGAUACUGGCAAUGACUGCACCAAAGGCAGAGUCUGUUACUCUCGUCAAUGAUUGGCUCAAGAGUGAAAUCUCGAAUGCCAAGGUCAGCGUCAAGGGCGACUAUUUCACCGUUGAGGGUUCUGUCAACGCUAUCGAGAAGCUUCUCAAGACGAAAUACAGCACUUUCGAAGUGAAUGAGGAAACAAAGGCUAAGACUCUGAGAACCCUCGAGUACAGCCUGCCGUCUGCUCUUGUCGGUCAUGUUGAUAUGAUUCAACCAACCACCUACUUCGGUGUGAAGCAGUUCAGGUCCACAAUAUCUGAGCACCACGCCAUCGAAGACGAGGCAGGUGCGUUCCAUACCGAUGCUGUACAGGCUGUGACCGGAUGCACGGGCACGCGCAUCACCCCUACCUGCCUCGCCAACCUCUACAACUUCAAGAACGCGAAGAACGAGACUGCCGGACUUCUCGGCGUCGCAGGUUUCCUCGAGGAGUACGCUAUCAAGACUGAUUUCACCACCUUCCUCAACAGCUACGCCUACUUCUCCAACAAAGCCAAGUCGUUCACCUGCACUGGUGUCAACGCAGGCACUUGCCCAACAUCACCUGCUGGGGUCGAGGCCAACUUGGAUGUUCAGUAUGCUGGCAGCAUUUCGAGCUCUGUACCGAUGACGUACUACAGCACAGCUGGUCGUGGCCAGUGGGUAGGAAGCGGAACGAACACUAACGAGCCAUACCUCGAGUUCCUCAACUACUUGCUUGCGCUCCCUGCAGCGUCGCUUCCGAACACCCUUUCCAUCUCGUACGGAGAUGACGAAGCUACCGUGCCCCUUUCGUACGCGACGAACGCUUGCAACCUCUUCUCUCAGCUUGGUGCUCGUGGUGUCUCAAUCCUGAUCUCGUCAGGUGACUCCGGCGUUGGAACUACGUGCAAGGUCAACGGCAAGACAUCUUUCACGACAAACUUCCCGGCCGCCUGCCCUUGGGUCACUACCGUGGGUGGAACAACAGGCAAUUCUCCCGAGAACGCUUGGUCGUCGGGCGGCGGGGGUUUCUCUGAGAUCUUUGGACGACCAGACUACCAGAACGCGACUGUCAACAAUUGGCUUAGCACUGACACAACCCAUACCGCGGUGAACAACUAUUUCAAUGCGUCUGGCCGCGCCUAUCCCGAUAUCUCUGCUCAGGCUACCAACUUCGUCAUCAUCGCCAGUGGAUCUGCCCAGUCCGUCUCCGGCACUUCAUGUUCUGCACCUACCACGGCUGGUAUCUUCCAGUUGCUGAACAGUGCACGCAUUGCUUCGGGUAAGAAGGGUCUUGGUUUCCUCAAUCCGUGGUUGUACAACACUGCAAGCACCGGUUUCACCGACAUCAAGAACGGAAAGAUCGGAGGAUGCAGUGGUGUCAUCUCGGGCGCUGGAUUCAGCGCUGUCACUGGAUGGGACCCGGCUACUGGUCUUGGAACGCCGAACUACGAGGCUCUGCUCGCGUUUGCUACAUCUACUGCAUAAAGGAUUGUAGAGGAUCGGUUAUCAUAGUCAGUCUAGAAAGAAACAAUCGAGCCACAAUCCAUAACUUUCCCUUCAAAUAAGAAUUAUGCCUGAUGCCCCAAAUUCUGGGGUUGCCGUGGAACCCUUGUACAUGUAUUUACGAGAGCCAGAUAUUGGCGAAACGAUGACGGCGAUCACAAAUCGAUGGUG